AUGGACUCAUUUUUUCAAAGCGUAAUUACCAAGCUUAAAGCUGAAGAAAAAGCUUUUAUGUCAGCUAUAGAUGCAGACUUCAAAAAACUCCAUGCCGAUAUGUAUGAAUGCUCAUCAAAAUGCUUUAGUAAUCCAGGCUCAUUAUCAGACUCUAGAAGCUGUGCAAGCAAUUGUACAUCCAAAGGAUUUCAAUUUAGGUCUGAAAUAAAUGAUGAAGUGCAAAAAUCUAAAAAAGAAUAUGCCAGUUGUGUGCAGCAGUGCAAGGAAAGUUAUCCAGAUAUGAAGAGCGGAAUGAAAUCAUGCGUUUAUGACUGUAUUGAAGAUGGAGUUGAAGUUAUUAAAAAAAUGACUGUUAGGGUUCAAGAUAUGUUCAAAUAUUACAAAUAA